GGCAGCCAGAAGCCCAGGGCUCCAUGGCUACGUCACAGCUCCGCUAGGGAGGAGGCUGCAGCUCCUCAGGAAGCGCUGUAUGCAAAGUCCUAAACAAGAGUCCCAGCUCCCUGGAUGGGCCAGCUCAAGGCAGGGCCUGAGGUCUGAGCUCUGCCCUGUCUGUACAGCUCUGAGUGGACUAACACAUUCCUGCAACAGAAAUCUGAUAUCUGACACUCUUUGACCCUGAACAAAAUGGAGGAUCUGAAAUUUGACAGCACGAAGCGCCUGGCUGUGGACUACGUGGAGGGAAUUCUGCAACCCAAGCCCACCUGUGACACCUGGGAUCAGAUCUGGAACUUCCAAGCCAGGCCCGAUGAUCUGCUCAUUUCUACCUACCCGAAAGCAGGAACAACCUGGACACAGGAGAUGGUGGACUUGAUACAAAACGAGGGUGAUGUUGACAGAAGCCAGCGGGCACCUACUCAUGAGCGGUUCCCCUUCAUUGAGUUGAUAAUCCCAGGCCUGGAAUCUGGCUUGGAACAAGCUAACGCAACUCCCUCACCACGGGCCCUGAAGACACACCUUCCCAUCCACUUGCUGCCACCAUCCUUCCUGGAGAAUAACUGUAAGAUAAUCUACGUAGCAAGAAAUCCCAAGGACAGCAUGGUGUCUUAUUACCACUUCCAUAGGAUGAAUAAAGGACUUCCUGAUCCAGGAACCUGGGAAGAGUUCUUUGAGAGUUUUCUGGCUGGGAAAGUGUGCUGGGGCCCCUGGUACGACCAUGUGAAGGGAUGGUGGGACGCCAAGGACCAGCACCGCAUCCUCUACCUCUUCUACGAGGACAUGAAGAGGAACCCAAAGCAUGAAAUUCAGAAGUUGGCAGCAUUCAUUGGAAAGAGCCUAGAUGAUAAAGUUCUGGAUAAAAUUGUCCAUCACACUUCAUUUGACGUCAUGAAGCAGAACCCAAUGGCAAACUACACAUCGGUUCCAGUUGAAUUCAUGAACCACUCUAUUUCUCCAUUCCUGAGAAAAGGGACCGUGGGAGACUGGAAGAACCACUUCACUGUGGCCCAGAACGACAGAUUCGAUGAAGAUUAUAAACAGAAGAUGGCUGACACCAUUCUAACUUCCCACUUCCAAUUCUUGUAAGGAAGCAAAAGAACCAGUCAAUCAGUGUAAAAUUUGAUUACCCCAGCCACGUGACACUGCAUUCAGGUGCCCAGACUAGUGCUUCUCGUGUUUGCUUUUGUUCACCCUAAAAAAAGUGAUGGGGCUAUGAGAGGUCAGGGCAAGGCGGAGGGUGGGGCAGGGUGGCAGCAUUACAACCAUGGCCUCAUUGCUAAUUAUCAUCGCGUGUCAGCUUUCCACAGAUUGUGUGCGUGUUAACUAUCAAAAAUGCUUCAGCCAUCACAUAAGAAUACACUAAAAUUUUCAGAUUAAGUUCAAGCUAAUUUUUAAAUGCAGCACUAAACUGUGUAAAUAGUUACUUCUAGCAACUUCUUGGUAACCAAGUAAUCAUCAAGUGACUCUCUUUCCGAGAAACCUGCUAAUUCACUCCACGCUUCUUCCUGCACUGCAUCCACCCCCACCUCUCACCACAGCCUCUGCAUUUCACUGGACUCACCUCCCACCCCCAGCCAAUGCUGCAAUCCAUCCCAGACUCACAUCUUAACCUACAUCCCUCCAGUGCCUCCACAAUCACAUUCUAACCCAUCAGCAAUACCUGUCAGUUUUUUUUAAGAACUUUUAUUGAGAUAUAAUUGACAUACAAUAAACUGCAUAUAUUUGAA